AUGGGGGAGGGAAAAACCUCAGUUAUCACUCCCAUGGUUGUCUCGAAGCUUGCAGACGGCAAAAAUCUAGUGCGAGCCAUAGUUCUACGACCACUCCUGCGGCAAAGCAUCAACCUGCUUUCGCAUCGGCUUGGUGGAUUGAUGAAUCGCCGCAUUUAUCAUAUUCCAUUCGAUAGAAAGACUGAAAUUGGAGUCUCAGCUGUGGUGGGCCUAGCAAAAAUCUACACGGAAUGCAAGAAAGAGCAUGGCAUUUUGAUAUCCCUCCCAGAGCAUAUUCUUUCCUUUCGACUAGUCGGGAUGGACCUGGCUGAUAAGGAUCGGCUGGCCGCGGAAGUUGUGCUAAAGCUGGAACGCUAUCUCCAAAAUACAUGCCGCGAUGUCAUCGAUGAGAGCGACGAAGUCCUCCACACUAGAUUCCAGCUUGUGUAUACCAUGGGAAACCAAGAAAUCAUUGAUGGUGGCGUUGAUCGUUGGGGGAUUUCACAAAAUGUCUUUCGAUUAGUUGAGAAGCACGCUCAUACAGCAGAUCCUUUUGGGCUAGAAAUCGAGUCCGACGAGAUUGCGUUCCCGAAAAUAAGAUUUCUACAUCCAGAUGCCAUGGGCAAACUCGCAGAUGCGGUUAUGGGAAGCAUUGAGAAGGGCGAAUUAUCGGGGGUCCCAUUCAAUCACUGGCGGCCGAAGGUUCGGGAGAGCGCGUCGAGUUUUAUCCGUUGCUACAAGGUGUCCAAGGGUGACGCCGAUACUGUUCUAGAGGCCUUCAAGGACCACAUUUGCUUCAACAGACUUCUCAUCCUACGUGGUCUUUUUGCCCAUCGGGUUUUGGCCUUUGCACUGCAGAGCUACUAUUACCAGGGCCUCACGAGUGAACAGGUCCAGACUUGCUUUUCCCUGCUUGCGAAAGAGAAUGACGGCGCUAGUGAGUAUCAAAAUUGGAUUUCGCGAGGCAAGAAGCGGUUAUCCGUCGGGCUACGUGACUUAACAGGCGUCAAUCUAGACGACGUGCAGUCCUUCAAAUGCCACCUCUAUCCCCACCUCCGUUACCAAAAGGGGAUUAUUGAUUUCUACCUUUCGAACGUGGUUUUCCCUCGGGAGGCCAAGCAGUUUCCUAUGAAACUAUCGACAUCUGCUUGGGAUAUCCCGUCCCGAACAAAGACGCGGUCUACUACUGGCUUUAGUGGCACAAAUGAUAAUCGAUCUAUGCUUCCUCUCUCGAUUGAACAAAAAGAUCUCCCAAAUUUAGCCCAAACCAAUGCCAUGGUCCUAAUGACUCUCUUGAAACCAGAAAACCGAUCCUUCGUCGUGGCUCAAGACGACACUGGGCGCCAACUUGGGACAGUACCACUUCUAGAAUUGGUACAAUCUUUGACACCCCGUGUUCAAGUUCUUAUUGAUGUGGGCGCUCAGAUAUUGGAGUUGGAGAAUUGCGAUGUGGCGAAAGAGUGGCUUGCGAUUACUCCAGGCGCCGAAGCUGCUAUUUAUUUCGAUGAUCGGGACGAGGCCAUGGUGGUUGACCGGCAUCAUCACGUUGAAAGCCUGAUUGCGUCACCUUUCAACGAUCGGUUGGAUAACUGUUUGGUAUUCCUUGAUCAGCACCAUUCUAGAGGUGUUGAUCUCAAGCUGCCAGUCGACUCUCGCGCAGCGGUGACAUUGGGCCCUAGAUUGACUAAAGAUAAGCUGGUUCAAGCAUGCAACCGAUUGCGGAAGCUUGGUGGCGGGCAAACUGUCGUGUUUCUCUCGCCGCCUGAAGUGAGCAGCAAAAUCAGAGAGCUGUCUGGCAUGCUCGAAGACCACCAGUUAAAUUCAUCCCAUGUGAUUCGAUGGACAUUAGCUGAAACUUGUGAAAAUAUGGACUCCUUGCGUCCUCUCUGGGCCCUUCAAGGCCUCGAUUAUUGUCGCCGUUGGGAGAUAUGGAAAGAAUUGGAAGCCAGUGACUACGCUGGCGGCGUCGUCUACGAUAUGCAAGAAUGUGAAUCCAGGCCUCUCAAGGAAGCAUACGGCGUGUGGCAAACCCAUAAACCCCUAGCAACAACUUUAGAGACCGUUGAUGGCAGCGAUCCAAUUGCUCGGAAGCUUCAAAAGGCGUGGGAAAGCCUUGAUCUUGAUGAAGCCAUGGGACAUCUACUGCAUGAAGAACAAGAAAGAGAAGUAGCUUGUGAAGUUGAAAGGGAGCGCCAGGUUGAGCGUCCUGCAGCAGCAAUGGGAGCUCGGCACCAACUCCAUCCAGAUUUGAGGCAUUACGCGACACAUGGGACCUUUGGAGAGCAGAACAAGUCGAAAGCGGUCGAGUUGGCUUUUGACAGCCUCAAAAUGACCACCGCAGCCAGAUACCUCCCGCGUCGCCUUUCGAGCAACUUGUUUGUCACGCAUGAUUUCGCCAACACCGUCAAGAAUGCAGGCCGCGACGAGUUCGUGAAGCCUGUAAACUGGCUUCUUUCGAGUGUGCAUAACAAUGACCUCAUUAUAAUCAGCCAGUAUGAAGCCGACCGUUUACUACCAAUCAUCGAACUGUCCAGAAACACAACGCUCUCGGCCUACGCCCCCAGACUGACCCAGACCAUGGCAUCCUUCCGCGAUCUCGAUUUCGUGGCAUUCGAGCAACAGCCGCCGUCGGCCAGAGCGCUAGCCGCCCUGCCCCUUCGACAAUUGGAGUUUUUCGCCGGAAACCUCUACUUUGACUCGUUUGCGCUCUACCAGGAGUUUUGCGGGUUUCUGGGCCUGGUCACGGACCAGACGCCCGACUCAAAGAACGUGACGGUCUCGGACGACGGGUUUGUGGACAGACAGGGCCGAUCUGUGCUGGGUUGGCCGGUGGCGUGUCCGUUUACGUCGAGCCCGCUGCAGCUUCUGAACACGCUCGUGGCGAUUCAGAGGAGAGGGCAGGCGUUUCAGCGGAGUCAUGUGGCGUGUAUUCUUGAUCGGAAGAUGCUGACGGAGGAGGAUUUUGCGGCGAAUUGA